GUGGAACAAUGGUAUGAUGAUUUUAGCAUAAAUAGACACAAUUUCCAAGGCUGUUCCUCGAUCUUCGACAACAAGAAACGAUCAACAGCAAAUACGAUCAACACCAACUUCAUCAUGAACUGUUUUUCCAACAUGUUCCUGUUGUGUUUGUCAGUGUUUUUACUGGCCACCGCCUGUGAGGGUUUCGGAGGACGAAAAGCUGGAGGAUUGACUUACGUCAACCCUGAAGAUCUUGAGGUGCAAGCCUACGCCAAUUUUGCAGUUGACGAAGUGAACAAGAGACGAAAUGGCUUCUUCAAAGAAAAACUCGUGGAAGUUCGCCAGGCGCAGAGUCAGGUUGUUAUGGGUAAAAUGUUGCACCUGAACGUGACCAUCCAAAGUACCUUGUGCAAGAAGACUGACAACACCGAACUGGAAGACUGCAAGUUUAAUCAGAAUGCAAAGAAGGAACGUUGUUCUCUCCGUGUCUGGGUUCAGCCAUUCUUGGAGCUAGGAGUGCCAGUCCCACCAACUCUUGAAGAGCCAAUCAUUUGCACCAAAGAAUCCUCCAAGAUUUCAGAAAGUGAUUCUCGCUUCCAGGAGUUUGAAGAUUUCAGGGCAAAGUUUGAGCGAAAGUAUGAAAUAAACAGUGAAGAGUAUGUGCAGAAAUACUACAUCUUCAGUGACAACAUGGAUACAGCAAAGACUUAUAAUGAGAUGGAGCAGGGUACAGCCACCUAUGGGGCCUCCAAGUUUGCUGACAUGACUCCUGCUGAAUUUAAGGAGAAGCACACCGGUCUGAGAGUGGAUGCCAAGAAGCCUACCCCACACAUGAGACAGGGCAAGCUACCCGCGUCAACCUCUCCGACCCCCGAUAGCUUUGACUGGAGGACCAAGGGUGCCGUUACGCCAGUCAAGAACCAAGCAUCCUGCGGAUCGUGUUGGGCGUUCUCAACCACUGGAAACAUCGAGGGACAAUGGAUGAUCAAGAAGAAACACCUGCUGUCCCUGUCUGAGCAACAGCUUGUAGAUUGUGAUAAGCUUGAUAGUGGCUGUGAGGGUGGUUUGCCAUCCAAUGCCUAUGAGUCCAUCAUCUCUAUGGGCGGUCUAGAGCCUGAGAGUCAGUACAAGUACAAGGGAGUUGAUGAGAAGUGUGAACUGGACAAGGCUGACAUUAAGGUCUACAUCAAUGGGUCGGUCAAUAUCACUUCAGAUGAAUCCAAGAUGACCACCUGGCUUCAUAGCAAUGGACCCAUUUCUAUCGGUAUCAAUGCAGCCAUGAUGCAGUUCUACAUGGGUGGUGUUGCUCACCCCUUCAAGAUCUUUUGCAACCCCGGCUCUCUGGAUCAUGGUGUGCUGAUUGUUGGCUAUGGAACAAAAGCCGGAAUCAUUUGGGGAGAGAACCCAUACUGGAUCAUCAAGAACAGCUGGGGACCAGACUGGGGUGUAGAGGGUUAUUACCUAGCCUACCGCGGUGAUGGUGUGUGUGGAUUGAACACCAUGUGCACUUCCGCAGAGGUCGAAUAAACACCGGGUUCACACAGCAACAUUCUAGAUGUGUGUGUUUUCAAGUCAGAGAGAGUGGAGACCUUUCUCUACGCUUAGAAAGCAGUCAUACAGCCAAUCCUAGUAGCUGCAUUCACUAAUACUUUAGAUAUAUUUAUGCAAUUUGGUGAUAUUUUGAGUCAUUUGGCCUGGUUCAAUAAUAUUUGAAUGGACUGUUCCAUGCCACAUGAUGGAAUUUUCAGGCAACCAAGGGUCGAUUUCACAAAGAGUUAGGAGUAGACCUAAGAGAUGUUGAAAACCUAAGGCUUGUUUUAAGUUAGGACGAGUAACUCUUCAUAACUCGAGAUAAGACUAGUCUUAACUAUUUGUGAAAUUAGUCCCUGUUCAACAAGUGCGAACCGCACAGGGAAAACUUUUCACAUUUCAAAUUGUUCACAAUCUACUUUGAGUAAAGUCAUUUUAAGAACAUUUAACCAGGGCUGUAGCUUACAACCUAGUUUGUUGCUGUUAUGAAGUAAACCAACAACCAUUACUUCAGCAACAAAAUGUCUCCAAAUAUCUCGGAAACAUUCUAUUAUUGGUGUUUUAUUGUUAAAAUUAGUGUAAUAAAAUCUUUGUAAUCAGAGUUGUAAUUUUGUACUGAUUUUUAAUGGAAACUUUUUGCAGUUAUAUAUGAAGAUAUUGCAAGAGGGUUUUUAAACUUCACUGAAUAUAAUAUAUGCACUUUUAUUUUAAUAAUGUAUAAAUGGAACUGCUGUGAGACAUAUCUUACAGUUGAGAAGAAUAGUUUGACAAUUAGUGCAAAUGAAUUGAUGUUUUUCGUAAUGGAAUAAAGUAGACGGGUAUUUGAAAAUUAAUUAGCAUGGUCUUAAUUCUUCUAGAGAUGCAGCAAUUAUUGAGUUUAUUAUUUUUGAUUUGACUAUACAUGUUUUUAUUUAACCAUGAUUAUUCAUACUUGUUUGUUUUAUUCGGAAAAUGCAGCUGUCCAAAAAUGGUAGAAAAUACCUUGUCAUGAAUUCAUUAAAAAUUAAAAGACAUUUCAAUCUUACUGGAAUGUUCUCCUCAAUGUUAACUACAUCAACAUUCAUGUUGUGACUAGGAAGCACGGGACUCAAAUUCUUUGUUUAAAUUGGUUUCACACGAAAAGGUGCACUUUUGUUCCCCAAAACCGACUGUGAGCCCCAACAGGAACAUUAUCAUUCAAGAUGUACAAUACAAGUAAAUCUUCCUCGGCAAAAGAUUUAAAACGUUUUAAGUUGUAAAUCUGAAAA